AUGGACGUAGGUCGCCAAGUCCCAGAGAAGGGCAUCAAGCCCAAUACUGGUAUAGAUGCUUCUCCACUUGUUGAUGUAUUACCAACACGCAUAGCAAGCUCACAUAAUCGCAUUCAGAAUAAUCCCAAGAUGAUAUCGAAGAGAAGAGAGGAGGCGGCCAAAUUUAUAAGUACCAUUUGGUCAUGUCCCGAGAUCACAGAUGCAGCCAAAUCUGUGAUAUCGUGUUCCCUUACGUUCACCUUCCGCUACGUUCCUCCAAUGUCACCGGAUACAGUUGAACAAGAGCUUCGCGAACGAUUGGUACUAUACUAUACAGUAGUUUCUGCUACGGUCCUGGUGAUAUAUGACUAUGCACUUAACUUUACGCUCGAGGUUGAGACUAUAUGGCUUCGCUAUUUCGGUCUGGCUAUUGCGGUUCAGGAGUUUCACUCUACCACUAUCCAAUCGAAUAUUCAGCUUGUAUUGAAAUUCGCACGCAGAGGAAUGCUGGCUAUGCGGGUGUUUGUGCUUUUCGAGAAGUCCAGGAAGGUUCUACUUGUUCUCAUAGCAUUCUUCAUCAUUACUCAGGGCGUCAACGUUGCAAUUAUUUGCAUGAAUAUCGCAAUACAACUUCGCCUCUCCGUGGAACAAAGUAUCGAAGGCUUCCACUGGUGCACCUAUGGGGUUUCUCCAACGGAGGAAUGGUCCUAUCCAGUGGACGACUUAGCCCUGAUCGUAUAUGAAACUGUCGUGUGUGGAUUUGCUAUACGCUAUGUGAUCAGACAUUUGCCUACCGCAUUUUGGACUGAUCCAAAACGCUCGGUGAACGUUCUGAUAAACGUCAUACUUCGGGAUAACCUGGUGUACUUCUUCCUCUGCUCAGGUCAGGAAUAUCAACGUGCACGUGCUUUAGGAUCUGCAGUGUACAAUGGGGUCAACAACGUGCUCCAGAACGUUAUGCUCUGUAUGAUUGGACCGUGGAUGGUCAUCAACCUGAGAACGAGUUACGACAGGAGGGCAGACGAAGCAUCGGAGAGUGCACACCAAAUUUCUAGCAUACAAUUUGCUAGAGAGAGCGUUUCCCAAGCUGAUGUAGAGGAUAUAUUACCCUAA